AUGAAGCCCGAAAUAGGAUCUUUAUUCCCGAAAGGAUCUUUGCCCCCAAAGCGAGCCUUCGAAUACAACGAGGCCGGUCAGGAAACUGAAGAGACUCGACGACGAGCGGCACGAACAAGAAUUUCGCGAGCUGGAGAGCCUCGUGUUGGAAUUUCAGCUGAUCGUGGAAGUGACAAUGAAACUUCAGGAUUGCAUGAUGGCGAAAAGGACGAUGAUACCUACAGACCAUUUGAAUACGGUCCAGGUCCAGUUUUGACACCACAAUCGGAACCAUGA